UUUCGUUCAGAAUCCCCUCCCUUUUCUUUUGAAGCUGUUGUUUCAAUGGCGACAAUGGCGGCUGCUGCAGCUUCAGCAUUCUGCUCUAUUCGGUCUUCCAAUGGAAAUGGCCACUGGGCUUCUGGAUACGUUCCAACAAGGCCCUGGGCUCUUCGAAUUCAUAGCAUUGCGGAGCCGAAUUUGCGAAUGUGCUCUGAGACAAGGAGCAACUUUUGCAUUUGUGCUGCUGCUGCUGAUUCCAGCCAGGCAUCACAAUCGAGCAAAGAGAUUGAUCGAUUGAUAGAUAAGCUGCGGAGCACAGACUCCCAACUUCUACCACAGAUAGUUGCGGAGAAUGUCCUGGCGUUUGAUAGUAAGUUCUGGCUUCGACUGGCUACCAGGACAGACCUUUGUAAAUCGGAAGAUGAUAAGGUGGAUCUUGAAGAGCUUGCAUCGAACAUAAUGCAGCUAGUCGAGCGGAUUGUACAGAAGACAGAGGAAAAGAUUGAAACUUCCACAGAUGUGCUUAUGGCGAUUCUAGAGCCAGUCGCAGGCUCCAAAAACGAAGAAAUUGUCUGGCCGCCUCGUGAUCCUGAUGCGUUGCAAAGAGUCAGAAAGGAGCUGAUGCACAGGGAAAGUUCCGGCUACUUGGAUGACGGUUUUCUCGCAGAAGUGAACGCUCAACUUCGUCAGGCCAAAAAAGAUGCUGAUAAGCCCGGAUUGCUGGCUUUGCUACAAAAAGUGCUACAACUUUAUGCAGCAACGUUUCUUGCAAAGACAAGCUAUGCCAAGAGAGAUGGAGUCGUAGACGAAGCUGAGGAACUGCUCGAGAAUAUAAUCUCAGCUGACAGCGAAGCUUGGGAUAGCAUGAUAAGGUCCGGAGUGGACUUGGGCGGUGGCCCAGUUAAGAGCGUAGAUCUUCGCAAAAUGGCUAAGAAACGCAUUGAACGAAUUCUUCUUAGAACAGAAGGUGGCUCUUACAAGCAAAGAAUUCUCGUUGAGUACUUGAAAGAGAUUGAGAGAAGCGUGGAUAUGGUUGUAGCAGCCUUUUCUUCCUGAGUUGUUUAUAAACUAUUACACUUUUUAUUCUUUUUACAUACAUUUUAAAAUUUCAAGGUC